UCCGUUCGUCCGUCCCCGUCGUUUCCACGGCCUCUCUCGAUCUCUCCUCUUCCAUUCCACGCCGUUUCGGAAGCCCGCCACCCUCUCCUCGCCGCCGCGCCGUUAGCCCGAACCUCAGCCCAAUUGAAACCGCUCACCAUGGCCUUCGCCAGCUCGCUCAUCCCCGCGCCGGCCUCCCGGGUCUGCGCGGGCCCCGCGCCGGCCAAGAAGGGCUUCUCCCUCUCCGCCGCGCGCUGCCGAGGAUCCCGGCACGGAGUGAGGGCUGAAGUGAAUGAAUCUGGAAGCACUUUGGCUGUUGAUGCUCUCUCGCAAGUUAAACAUGUUCUGCUUCCAGUCACUGAUCGCAAUCCUUAUCUUUCUGAAGGCACAAGACAGGCUGCAGCAACGACCACUUCUCUAGCAAAGAAGUAUGGAGCAAACAUUACUGUGGUUGUUAUUGAUGAUAAACCAAAGGAGUCGGUCCCAGAGCACGAUACUCAGAUGUCAAGCAUUAGAUGGCAUCUCUCAGAAGGUGGAUUUUCGGAGUUUGGACUGAUGGAGCGUCUUGGGGAAGGGAAGAAACCAACCGCUAUCAUCGGAGAAGUUGCUGAUGAGUUGGAGUUAGACCUGGUUGUCCUAAGCAUGGAGGCAAUCCACUCGAAGCAUGUUGAUGGGAAUUUGCUGGCUGAAUUCAUCCCGUGUCCUGUUCUACUGCUCCCGCUCUAACAUGCACAUUUGGCUGAUUUUGCACAUGUCAUGCUUUUGAGGCAAAUAAUCUGUUUCUCUUUGAAGAUGUAAUUCCCGUGUAUUGCUUGGAUAUGAUGCAUUUGUUUCAGCUGAUGCUUGUGUUCUCUUGACGCUGUUCUGCUAGAUUUGUGAUUAUGUGAAUAUUGCUAAGAAAAUGAGAUUUACUCUUUUUAA